UCUUUGGCUCAAAUUGAUGAACGCUGUCUGUCGUCACUACGCCAUUUUCUCCUCUGGUGUCUUGUACGUAGUGGAAGGAGGAAGCGCCAUUGCGGCAUCGUCUUGUUUGGGUCUGAUACUCAAAUAUUGCCGAGUAUUAGCGUCUCAUAAGCUGGUCUGGUGCCACUCAAAAUGCCAGGCUUCAGUAGUGUAGGCACAUUCAAGAUAUUCGUCGGCAACUUGGCUGACAAAACUACUGUGGAUGAUAUUAAGCCACUUUUUGAAAAAUAUGGAAAAGUCGUAGAAUGUGACGUGGUGAAGAAUUAUGGAUUCGUGCAUAUGGAACAUGAAGAAGGUGGACGUGAUGCAAUUCAGAAUCUAAAUGGGUACCUGGUUCAUGGACAAGCGAUAAAAGUGGAAGCUGCAACAAGUCGCAAAGGACCUCAGACACCAACAACAAAGAUAUUUGUUGGAAACCUAACUGACAACACAAAAGCACCUCAGGUGCGAGCAUUGUUUGCAAAGUAUGGAACAGUUCUGGAAUGUGACAUUGUGAGAAAUUACGGUUUUGUGCAUAUUGAAUCAAAUGAUAAUGUGAACUUGGCCAUUAAAGAGUUGAAUGGGUACAUAGUCGAUGGGCAGCCAAUGAAGGUCCAGGUGUCCACGAGUAGGGUUCGUCAGCGACCGGGAAUGGGAGAUCCUGAGCAGUGUUACAGGUGUGGAAGAGGUGGUCACUGGUCUAAGGAGUGUCCUAAAGCUGGGUUAGGACCGGACAGGAAUGGUUUCAGAGGCCCUAUUUUUGGCAGAGAACCAUAUCCUCCUCCACCACCUCCACCAUUCCUGCGUGACAGAAUGAUGGGCAGAUUUGGAAUGAGGGACCCCUUAUAUGACGGUUUCUAUGACAGAAACAGAUUUGAAGAUUCACCACGUGACAUGUUCGAGCGUAGGUUCCCCCCUCUUCCUCCUCGUGACUUGGGACCAUCACUUCGUGGCCGAGAAUUUUUACCCCCACCACCACUUCCUCCCAGGCCAAGGGAUGCUCUCCCUCCACCACCUCCCAUUGGGCUGCGAGGACCUGUUGGAUCUGUUAGAGAUUCACCAGUUUAUGAUCGCCCAAGUUCAGAGUAUAGUAUUUUCAGUCGGCGAUCACCAUCAUCAUCUGCUGUUCCACCAAGUCGAUUUAGUCGUAUGUUUGAAGACUUCAGUCGUGAUAGCUUUGAGGAAAGAAGGGAGACCCACAGUCUGAGACUGGAAGCCACUUGAUGGGGAAAACCAAAGAUCUAUGUCCUGUAACAAAUAGUCACACAAACACGAAAAAUGAUUUGUUUAUUGUUUGCCACUGCCUUUAAACCUGCUGUUAUUUAUGAUGACAAAAGUUUGGCUAAAUGCUAGGUACACAAAUAAGCUAUCUAAGGCAGUGCCAAAUGUGGAAGUGUUGGGCAACUCACACUUGACUGAUGGGGAGGACUCUUGUGUAAGCAUGCUAUCCAUGCUAAAGGGCUUGAAGCAGCUUAGAGAAUAUACAAAUAUGUGCACUUCAAGUAGCUGAGAUGUUACAUACUGGUGUAUAGUGCAGAGGAUCUCAGGUUCAAACCCAGGUCAGUUCUCUGAGUUUUUUACAUUUCAUAAUACUGUCUCUAUUGUAUAGUCAAUAAAAAUAAUUAUAACACUAUGUUUUGAAGCUAAUAAGGUGGAAAUAUUGUUAUCAGAUGAAUUAAAAGAAGUGUCAGUUACAUGUAUUAGUGAACAUUGUUUAAUAGAAAAUAUGUUACCUUUGGAAUGAUAUAGAAAUUUAUUGAGAUAACUUAUACAGUCGGUAGAUGUGUCAUUUCGUAGCAAACAACCUCAAGUUUGAUUCGCGCAGUGCAUCAGUAGCCCUUCCACCACCAGGAGAGCCAGUACAGUGCACACCUACCAAUUCUGUAGGUUAUCUCAAUAAAUUUCUAUAUCAUUCCAAAGUCGCAAAGUCCUUUAGACUCACCCUGUUAGAGAAGACAUCAAACACUGUUGCUUGAAGUUCAUUGAUCAGCUAUAUAAAGAGCAUGGCAGCAGAAUUUCUGCUACAGAUGUAAUUUAAAUGUCAUUUUAUUUGUAUAUAGUAGCCUAAAUGGAAACAUAACUACUUUCUUUUUCUUUGAAAAUUUUGAGAAGGCACUUGGCGCUAUAAAAGCAGUUAGUACAAAAAAUAUUGUGUGUGGUGACUAUAACAUAGAUUUCAACGAGAACUAAAAGGACUGAUUUAACCGGGAGGAUUUAUUGAAAACUUAUAACAUGCACACAGCCAUUAAAUCCCCUGCCAGAGUCACCUGUCACCCAGUGGUACUAUAGAUCAGGUACUAAUAAAACAGAUAAAUAUUUAUUCAAAGCUGGAAACAUGAAUACAGGUUUCUGUGAUCAUUAUGCAAUAUUUAUUUAAUUCCCAAUAGAGACCAUAGGUAACAACCAACCACAAAAAAUGAGGAAAGGUAGAAAUUGUAGCAACAAAAACUUACACAUCUUGGGCAUUUGCUGAAAACAGGAACAUGGAAUGACAUGUACACUGUGAGGGCACAUGUAAAGUUUUGACAUGUUCAUGGCAAUAUUCUCACAUUAUUUCAGUAUUUCUUUUCCAGUUAAAAACUAAAAAUUCAAAACUAGUAAAAGAAAUAGUUUUUGGCUGACAACAGGCAUUAAAAUAUUUUGUGUUGAAAACAGAAGACUUGAAGAAAUUUCAAAAGCACAAAUUUUAUUGAAGAAUUUUUUUGUGUUUCAAGAAUUAUAAGAGAGUGCUUCACAAGGUCAAAAAAAGGUAAGAAAGUGGAAAAUGAUCACUACAUAAUAACACCCAAAAACAAAAUUAAAGCCAUGUGGAAGAUAGUCAGACACCAAGCAGGAAAUGAGCCGCCCUCCCCUCAAAAUGUAAACAUGCAUCUAGACCAAGACAGCAAACAAAUUACAAAUCCAGAGGAAGUAGCCACUGUUUUUAAUGCAUACUUUUCAAAUAUUAGUGAACAGUUUCUCUGUGGUAUAAAAUCUUCCACUAAAAAUUCUGUCAGAUCACCAGCAAAUCUAAAUAGAAACCCUGAAUCCCUAUUUCUUCCUCCAACCAACCCUGAAAAAUUAUGCUAGCAGUUAGUAAGUUAAGAACAAAAUUUUCAACAGGUAUGGAUGAGAUUCUGCAUUAUGUCAUUAACAAUGCAGGUGGCUUCAUUGCGGUACUAUUAGCUGAGCUUUUCAACAGUUGAUUAACAACUGGAAUCUUCCUUCCUGCUUAAGGAUAGUGAAAAACCAAGCCACUAUUCAAAAAGGGCAAGAAAGAAGAAAUAAGCAAUUAUAGACCUCUUGCUUUGUUAUCAGUAUUUACAAAACUACUAGAAAAAAAUUAUAAGAGAUUGUUAGAUUUUCUAGAAUAGUGCAACAUACUAUCCACAGCCCGCCAUGGCUUCCAGAAAGGCCAAUCAACAGAAAUCACAAUAUUUGAAUUUCUAAGUGAAGUGCACCAAAAACUUGAUAGUGGGGAAAAAGUAACUGGCAUAUGCCUUGAUCCGUCUAAGUGUCGUAUCACUAUCCAGUUUGUAGAUGACAAAUAUUUUAGUCAGUAAGAAGACAGCAGAAAUGUUACAGACAACACGAUCUGAGACAUUAACUGGUUUUGUAAGCUCAUUCAGCCAAAACAAACCAAUAAUAAAUAAAGUAAAAGAGAAGUGUUAAACUUUCAUAAUGUCUAUAAAAACAGUGGAGAGAGUAUAAAAUUUCAGAUAUCGGACACAGAUAUUUCAGGUGUGGCUAAUGCAGUAUUUCUGGGGAUCUGGUGCAAAAUUAACCUUAGAUUGGAUACUCACAUUGAUAGCAUGUUAGCAUGUGCUGUUUGAAGAGUGCUUGAAAACUGUUGCCAUAAGGACUGUCUGAUGACUGUUUAUUAUGCUACGCUCUGUUCUGAAGCAUGGGAUCACUUUCUGGGGUAAAUCACCAUCCUGCCAAAAAUUCUUCAGGUUGCAAAGAAGAAAAGUGAGAAUCAUUGCUGGAAUAAAAAUGAACAAACCCUGCAGACCCUCCUCUUCCAUGUAUUUACAUUUCUGAAAGUACAGUGUUUAUUAAGAAAUACGCAAUAACAAAUCCUAGUGUCCUCUUCAAAAAUGAAAAUCUGUAUCACCAUGACGCAAGACAGAAAACUGACUUUCACGUGCUCCAAAUAGAAAGCAGUUGUGCCAAAAAGGAACAUUACACCAUGGUAAAAUUAUUUACAAGAAGUUUCCAAAUUAAAUUAAAGUAAUAAAUGAUCUACAAAAAUUAAAGCAGUGUUAAAAAAAUAUCAAUUAAUGCAUUGUUUCUAUAGUCUGGAAGAGUUCCUCCAAAAUCUUUGAGAGCCUAAGAAAGUUAAUGUCAAGUGUGUAAGACACAUUCUUUAUCACAUACAAAAAUAUUGUGUAAAUAUGGCUAUCUACUUGUAGCCUGUAACCAUUAAUAUUAGUUUAGUCAUAUUUCCAGUUGUAAUUUUCUAGCUAUAGAGGUUUAAUUAUAAGUCAGAGCUGAAAAAAAAUGUAUUCAGUAAUGCACACAAAACUUCAUCUAAAAAUGAAGACAUAUAUGCACUGAUCUAUCCAGUAUCUGAUGUGUUGUUCUGUAAUAUAAACUGGACCAAAUAAAUACAAAUACAAAUCA